AUGCGCCUGGAAUUUGCCAAUCUUCUAAUAUUUUUUGGAUUUUUCUCGACUUUUCGAUGUCAGGAAAUCACCAAGGACUAUUCGCCAUUGUUAGAUGUAAGUUUUCUUAAUUUCAGAAAAGCAUUUCUUGAUUGAAAUUUUGUGCUGAAACUCAGGGAAUUCCCUCGUAUUUGAUUAUUUCAAGAAAUUCAGCACAAAAUUUCAGUAAAGAAACUUUUUUCAAAAAAAAAAUAUCGGGAAGAACCUGAAAUAGUUAACAUGAGCAAUCUUAAAAUUCAAGAAUUUUUCAAAACUUUUAAUUAUGAGCAACGUUAUAAUUUAACUUCCAGACAGUAAAAAUGUAAAUUAAAAACAUACAGAGAUCUGAAAAGCUUGAGCAAUCCCAAAAAUUAAAACCAAAAACCAAAAUUAUAACCUGAGCAAUGCUAUAAAAUUAAUUAUUCAGAAAAAAAUCUUCCAAAUUUUUUUCCAAAACUUCAUUCUGAAACGGCUGAAACCCUCCAAAAAUCCCCAAAAUUUUCCAGAAAAACACAUCAAUCUCAAAUCCCGGAAUCUAUCUUCGAAUUAUGCCAAAUGGUUUGGCCUAUUUACGCGAAGUCGGAAUGAAAGUGAUAAAUGAGCAAAUUCUCAAAUUGCAACUUCCGGCAAUUCAUGAAAAAAUCGAGAAUGGCGAAGUUUCGAUAAAUAAUGCGUAUAUGUCGAAAUAUUGGGCACCACAAGAAUAUUCGUUGGAUUUGACAGAGCCAAAUAAAUUUAUGUGGAGUAUGAGCAAAAUGCAUUUGAGGUGAGCGCGAAAUUUGAGCCCGGAACUUUUUUUGAGAAUUUAUUUUUGUAAAAAAAACUUCUAGACUAAAAGAAUCUAGAUUUUAAUUUGAGCAAAUUAUCAUUUUUUUUUUCAAGAAGUCUUCAGAAAAUCUGAAAUUUUCAGAAAAAUUUUUUCAUGUUCAAAUAAAUUUCAGUUUUCUUGUUGUUAGAGAUUAACCUGAGCAAUGGUCUGGUUUCGUGAUUUUUGAAAAAUGUUUUUAGGCUGAAAUUUUGUGCUGAAAACGCUGAAAUCAUCAGAAUUCUCUGAAAAUCUGUAGUUUCAUGAGUUUCAGCGCAAAAAUUGAUCUGGAAAAUUUGAAGAGUUCUUAAUAUGAGCGAUUCUACUUGAAAAAUGGCAAUUUUGAAUUUAAAAAAAAUUUGAAUCAAACAUCUAAUGCGAGAUAUAAACUGAGCAAUGUUAGAUAUUUGAAAAAAUGAGCAAUAUUCCCCAAAACAUUUGCAGAGCCGCCGGUGAAUUCCAAGCCUCUCUCAACAAUCCUCUCCUCCUCCCCACUGUUCCAAUCGGCGGUCAUUUCGAAGCUCUUCUCGGUCACAUCGCUCUCUACAUUUCCGUUGGAAUGGAGCGAAGUGCAAACGGUGCACCACAAGUGCGAUCAACCGGCUGCCAGGCCACAAUUGGAUAUGUUGAUUUGAAUGUGCGAAACACUGGAGUUAUCACUGAUUUCUUCAUAAAUGCUUUCAAAGCGUUCCUCAUUGGACAUUUCAAGCCUCAAGUGGAAGUUCGAAUGUGUAAAAUGAUUGAAAGUAUAAUUGAUCGAGAUAUGAAUAUAUUAUUAGGAGGAAUGCCAUUAAAAAUCAGAAUUAAUGAGAAUAAUCUCGAUAUUAUUGGAGAAACCUUCGGACUUGCUCGCAAACCUAAACCUUUAACUCCUCUUAGAUCUCAAGGCCCCAAUUCCUUAUCCAAAUCUGCUAAACAAAUUAGUCUAACUAACUUUGUCCAGCGACUCCGAGAAAAGGAAUUAGUCCUUGAUUACCAGUUGCUCUCCCAACCUUUUGUUCAAAAUGGUGCUAUUAGUAUGUUGGCGAAAGGUGAGAUUUCAUGGAGAGGUCAUGGUGGCACGCCGUUUUAUCCGCCGAAUAUUCGAAUUCCCGCGCCGCACGGUGUACAUAUGGUUGAGUUUUAUGCGAGUGAUUAUUUGGCCAAUUCGAUGUUGUAUCAUAGUUAUAGGCAGAAGUUUUUGGAUGUGACGAUUGGACCGGAAAGUAGUGUGCAAUUACAGGUUGGUUGAGGGGAGAGGGAUGGAAAUUUGGGAUUUUUUGACUCUAAAAAUUCAGAAGAAAAUUGGAAAGUUGGGUUACUGUAGGAAAAAAUUAGGCACAAAAUUCAAAAAUCUAGUUUUUCCUCCGAAAACCCUUCAAAGCUUUAAAGUACUGUAGCUAAUUCCUGACUUCAAAUUAUCGAUCAGGAUCACUGUAGAUCAAUUUUUGGGCAAAAAACUUUUUGGUGAAUUUUGAUUCUUAUAAGAUUUAUUUUCGAAAUUUCAUUGUUAGGGCUAUAAAAAUUUUAGGAAAAAUUCACUGUUUCAAAAUAUUUUGAAGUUUUACAAAAACAUUGCAAGAUCAAUGGGAAAUUGGUUGUAUCCGCCUUUUUAAUUAAAAAAAAACACUGUUUCAAAAUAUUUUGAAUUUUCAAUUCAAAUCUUUACUCUUGACGCCGAAAUUUCCCAAAUAUUUUUUUCCGCAGAGUUUAUUAGUGACAACAUGUGGUCCAGCCGGUUUUUGUCUCGGUGAAUUCCUCGGAACACUCGGUGAACAAUAUCCAAAUCGACAAGUCGAAAUCGAAUUUCGCGCCAAAAAAUCGCCGCUCAUCGUUUUCAUCGAAAAUCGCGCGCGUUUCCGUUUACACGGUGGUUUGAAUAUGUUUGUGAGGCCGGCGAAUUCGACACAGGUUAAAGAGCAGAUUUUGAGAGCUGACACAACUAUGACUGCUAAUGUUAAUUUAUGGAUUAAUGGAAGUUUGAUUGUGGGAAAUUCGACGAUUGAGAAUUUGGAUUUUAAGGUGGGAAAUGGGAUUUUUGGACCAGAAAUGGGUGUUUUUUUCAUGUAAUUUUCUUAAUUUCAGCUCAUCGAGACCAAAAUCAACGAUGUGGAUCAAGACUCCUUCAGUGAUCUCGGAUUAUUCGGCGCCGAAUUCCUCGAAAAACUUUUGACCGAAAUUUUGCAGCUAGGAAUUCAACUACCAACAAUGCAAGGAAUUAUAUUGAAAAGUCCAAAGUACUUUUUCCUUUUCCAGCGAAAAUUCCUCCAAUUUUUCUUUUUUUUUUCAGAUUAUCCUUCCAUGAUCGAUAUUUGAAAGUGGCGACCUAUUUCAAAUUGGACGAAGAAUAUGCGGGAAAUUUGGUGCGCGGUGCAGUUCGACAAACUUUGAAUGGCCCGUUGCUCUUCUAA